GUUGCUUGCUCGUGUAAUUAUCUUAAGCGUGCUUUUAUAAUAUGAUAAUUGCACAAUUCGACAAAUUGUUAGUGUCGUGGGCAUGCAAGUUUAAUAGUUAAUUGUUGCAAAGUAUUGAAAAACCACAUUUACAAUGUCAUUGCCAGUGAUUUAUCUCACCAGGAAAGAAACGUUCAGCGCUUGUCAUCGAUUGCACAGCUUAUUGUUAUCUCCGGAGGCAAAUGAAGCGUUAUAUGGAAAAUGCAACAAUUAUAAUGGUCAUGGUCAUAAUUAUACAGUCGAAGUAGUUCUUAAAGGGCCUGUUGAUCCGCACACAGGAAUGGUUAUGAAUAUCUCAGAACUGAAGAAAUAUAUGGAUGAAGCAAUUAUGCAGCCUCUAGAUCACAAGAAUUUAGAUAAGGAUGUCCCAUAUUUUCAAAGUGUGGUAAGAAGUCUUUUGAAUAUUUUUAUUGAUGUAUUCAACUAUUGA